GCGCCGUCGAGGAGUGAAGAUCGUAUAUCUCACACAGGUAGUCUGCGUUUGUACGUUUCCGACGGGACCGUGAGAUAGAAGGAGAGAGGGAGUGUGUUAAAUUGCGCGAAUCCGGUUUCGGUGGAUGGUAGAAACUUGUUAUUUUUUUUUCAUCUCUGGUGGAUCACCGACGGAGUGGAUUCGUUCGAUCACGGCGAGUGAAAGGAGGACAUCCUUACGGCUGGCGAUAAUUUUACACGGUGUGAAGAGCAAUUCAUGACUGGAUUAACGCGAAAAAGAGUGUGGCGCUGCGGUCGUUGAUAUUCGUGAAAUUGAUCAUACAAAACAAAAAAAGUCCGACUCCGACGAACCGCAAGCUUGUACGUACCGUUUCGGGUGCGGAUGCCCUUCUAGAACCGCUUGGUUGGGUCCGGGAAAACCCUGGGUGUCGUCAUGGCAGCUCAUUGACGACUGUUGACGAUCCAAAGUGGGGGUGAGCAGUUUGAGCCUGUUUUUCAAGUUGGCCAAAUUCCCGACAGCACUGUCAUCGUCAGUGUGUGAGGGUCGUUUGAAUAACAACAACAACAGUACCAAACAGAAGUAGAAGAAGACCAAUCUUGAUUGCGCUCUAACGUUUGGUCAAGGUGAACCCCAACUCAUCAGCACACCGUGGGUUAUAAUUAGAUUUUGUUUUUUUUUUCUUCUUCGCCUUACAAGCUUAAGAUUGUGCGCGGUGAUUUUUUGCUUUUGAUUUCUGCAUGUAAUAUCGAUUCUUGAUCUGGAUUGAAAUUGAGAUCUCUUCGGCAAAAAUUGAAAGUCAUUCUGCUGUGAUCCACCGUAUGUGCACCGCGCGCCGGGUAGGCUCAGUAGCUAUUAGGUAGCCGCAAGUGCAGCACGGCAGAAGGUAAUAAGGAAGGAAUGCUGCCGGAGGUGCUGGCUGCUGCAAUUGAAGACGCGAAGGCAACGGCGACGACGACGACGACGACAAAGAAGAAGAAUACCGAUCGAGUUGAGUGAUUUAAUGAUCAUUUUCUGCACUUCAGGUUUUAGGUUGUAAGUUGAGCGAGAAGAAGUGAAACAAAGCAGUGAAGAUCAAAAAGAAGGAAGUCCGUGAAGUGUGCAAUCGACAACGGGAGCCUGCACCGGGCGCAGUGCGUUUCGAAAAGUGUUAUUCUCGACGAGAGUGACCUUAACCUUGCGGGCUGCGUGCGUGAGUGCAGCUGCGAGUGUCUGUUGCUUCCGAGAAAAUCGUGAGCGGAAAGCACAAAAAGGAUUAAACGUCCGUUUGUCUGUGAGUGUUGUUUGGACGCAAGGGAAACCUUGGACUUGGACACGGUGGACGCCCCUUCGGCGGUGAAGGUUCUUCGGCUGGCUGGUUGCCGCUAGUUCCGGCACACUCCGCUGUGCUUGUCGGUGCAGCAUCAUGGGGACGCAGGGCCGGAGGAGGGCGCAGGAUCAUGAUCGGUGGAAAACGAUGCGCAGUCUGGCCGGUCCGAUGCUGCUGACCGGAUGGUGGUUCCACGUACUGCUGGUGGCCACGACGGUCCGGGCCGAGUCUAGCAAAUUAGAGUUAGGUGGAAGUACAUUUAGGAAUGAAUCAGACGUGCCAUGUCCGACGGGGACAUUUCGAUGCUCGGAGGGCAAAUGCAUCCCUCAGACGUCGGUUUGCAAUUACCAGAAAGAUUGCGAGAAAGGCGAGGACGAAUUCAAUCACUGUCCUCCCCCGGAAUGCGAGCAGGGCCAGAUCAGCUGCGGCCAGUACGUGUUCAACAAGACGUACUGCAUACCACCGCACUACAAGUGCGACAUGACCGUCGACUGUGUGGACGGAACGGACGAGUCCGACUGCACUUACCGCAAGUGUCAACCGGAUGACAUCCACUGUGGGACGCCGUCGCAGUCCGUGUCGGUGAAUGGACGCGUCGCCGAUAUCUGUGUGCCAAAGGAGAAGAAGUGCGACGGUUAUAUGGACUGUCGGACCGGCGUGGACGAGGAGGGCUGCCCGGGCAUCGCCUGCCAGCUGGACCAGUUCCGAUGUGCCAACGGGCUGCGCUGUAUUGAAACGGCGCUCAAGUGCAACCACAAGAACGACUGCAGUGACAACUCGGACGAGCAGAAUUGCAACUUUCCACCAUGUCACGGCGGUCAGUUCCGAUGCGCGAAUUCGCUCUGUAUCCCGGCGAAUUUCCAUUGCGACGGCUAUCACGACUGUUCGGACGAAAGUGACGAAGCCAACUGUACGGCGAUCGCCUGCCCGGACAACAAGUUCCUAUGCCCUCGGGGUGGACCGGACGGGAAACCGAAGUGUAUCGCCAAGACGAAACUGUGCGACGGAAAGCGGGACUGCGAGGACGGAACCGACGAGGAGACUGCUUGCUCUACGACAACGUGUCCGGCCCUGAAUUGCGAGUACAAAUGUGGACCAUCGCUCACUGGCGGAGUGUGCUACUGUCCACCGGGACGAACUCUGUCCCCGGACAACCGAACCUGUAGCGAUCUGGACGAGUGUAACGUUUGGGGUCACUGCGAUCAGCUGUGCACCAAUACCGAUGGGUCGUACUCCUGUGCCUGUGCCAACGGUUACACACUGAUGGACAAGUCUCGUUGCGUCGCACCCACGGCUUCGAAUCUGGAACUGAUAUUCGCGUACGAUCGAGCGAUCGUACGGAUGAGCUCGCACGGUCAGGACUUUAGGACCAUCGCUAACGCCACCGGAGCUAGCGGAUUGGCCUAUCACCACAACAAGAACUUGCUUUUCUGGUCCGACAUCAAAACCCGCAAGGUACAAUCCCAAGUCCUGAAGGACGGAGGUUACGGUGGGCAUGAUUUCACCCUGCCCGGAACAUGGGCUCCGGUGGCAAUCGCAAUCGACUGGAUCGGUGACAAACUGUACGUUGCCGAUUUGGUUGGUCAGAAGGUCGACGUUUUCGAACUUGAUGGACGAUGGCGCGCCGUAGUCCUAGGUUCUAACCUUACCAGCCCUGCCGAUCUCGCCUUGGAUCCAACUUCAGGCCUGAUGUUCGUCGCCGACGGAAGUCAUGUCCUGCGAGCCCACAUGGAUGGAACCCAUGCCAAAUCGAUCGUCUCCGAAGCGGCCUACAAGGCCUCCGGCGUGGCCGUAGACGUGAUCGCCAAGCGUGUUUUCUGGUGCGACUCGCUUCUGGACUACAUCGAAUCCGUGAACUACGAUGGCGAAUACCGGGUGAUGAUUCUCCGUGGUCAGCAAGUUCCAAGCCCAUCCCGGUUGGCAUUGUUCGAAAACCGAGUCUUCUGGACGGACGCCACCAAACAGGGUAUCAUGUCCGUGGAUAAAUUCGAAGGUUCCUCCAGCAUUCAAUCAAUCUUCAAGGCAAAGGAUAUCCGCGAACCGAAAGCGAUCAUCACGGUGCAUCCGAUCGCGCAGCCAAAGGUGUCCAAUCCCUGCGGUAGCAACAACGGAGGAUGCUCGCAAAUGUGCGUCGUCACGGCCGUUCAGGGUGCUCCUUCCGGGUUGGGCUACCGUUGCGCCUGUACCACCGGAUGGCAGCUGUCUAAGGAUCUGAUGAACUGCGAACUGGUACGACAGUUCCUGAUGUACUCGCAGCAGCGAUUCAUCAAGGGUAAAGUGCUGGAUCCAGUCAUCGAGGGAUUCAGCGAUGCCAUUCUACCGGUCGUUUCGCGGCGAGCUCGUUUCGUCGGUCUGGACUUUGAUGCCGUCGAUGAACACAUCUACUAUUCGGACGUCCUGCAGGAUGUGAUCUACCGAGUUCACCGUAACGGAACCGGACGGGAGAUUGUACUCGCAUCACAGAACGAAGGCGUUGAAGGUUUGGCUGUGGAUUGGGUAUCGAAGAAUCUGUAUUACAUCGACAGUCGGAAGGGAACGUUGAAUGUUCUGUCCACCAGGAUAGUCAGCCACAGGAGAACGCUAUUAAAGAACCUGAAACGACCACGUGCAAUCGUUGUCCACCCGAACAAAGGUUACAUCUACUUCUCGGAAUGGGACCGACCGGCUAACAUCAGCCGUGCAAAUUCCGACGGAACCGGGUUGAUGGUAUUCAAGAACGUAACCUUGGGCUGGCCAAACGGUUUGUCGAUCGACUUCAAGGAAGAUCGUGUUUAUUGGUGUGACGCUCUGUUGGAUCACGUGCAGCAUUCGAGCCUGGAUGGAACGGAUGUGAGAACGGUCAAUUCGCGACUAAUUCGGCAUCCGUUUUCGAUCGUAAUCCACGAAGAAUGGAUGUACAUCACGGACUGGAGGUUGGACGCGAUCGUACGGUUGAACAAACUGACGGGUGAACAGGAGGAGAUUAUGGUUCGGGAACCGCAGACCAACCGGCUGUACGGAGUCAAAGUGUUUAGCAGAUCGAUUCAGCUGAUAGAUUCGCACCAACCGUGCGGUAUCAAUAACGGUGGUUGCGAGAAGUUGUGCUUCGCUGUCCCCAGGAACAGCUCCAGCGGAUUGACGGUAAAAUGUGGCUGCCCGUACGGUGAGCGUUUGGGAGAUGACGGCAGAAGUUGCUUCGCUGAUCCGAACGCCGAACCACCGAUGCAGUCCUGUCCAAACACCUGGGACUUUACCUGCAACAACCAGCGGUGCAUCCCGAAGAGCUGGAUCUGCGACGGAGACGAUGAUUGCUUGGACAACAGCGAUGAAGAGCAGAACUGUACAAAACCAACGUGCGGAACGAACGAAUUCCAGUGUAAAUCGGGUCGCUGUAUUCCUCUGAACUUCCGGUGCGAUCACGAGAACGACUGCGGCGAUCAUUCGGAUGAGUUCGAGUGUGGAAACGUGACCUGUGCGGCUUCGCAGUUUGCGUGCGAGAAUGGACGGUGCAUUCCGAAUAUCUGGAAGUGCGACAGCGAGAACGAUUGCGGCGAUGGAUCGGACGAGGGUGAUUUCUGUGCGGAGAAGACCUGUGCGUACUUCCAGUUUACGUGUCCUCGGACGGGCCACUGUAUACCGCAAAGUUGGGUGUGCGACGGGGAUGACGAUUGCUUCGAUAAACAGGACGAGAAAGACUGUCCCCCGAUUACGUGCCUGGCGAAUCAGUUCAAAUGUAACGACCUACGGCAGUGCGUUGAAGAAACGUACAAGUGCGAUGGCAUACCGGAUUGUAACGACGGAAGUGACGAGCUUGGCUGUCCGACGAUGGAACCGAAUCAGUGCAAUCUGGAGAAGCACUUCCGGUGUAAGUCUUCCGGAGUAUGCAUCCCUGUCGCGUGGCACUGCGAUGGAUCCAACGACUGCGAGGAUCACUCGGAUGAAGAAGACUGCGGAAAGAUCACCUGCCCGAAUAACUUCUACAAAUGUAAGAACUCCAAGUGCAUCUACAAAUCGUACAUCUGCGACGGUAAGGAUGAUUGUGGAGAUGGUUCGGAUGAGAGUACCGAACAUGCUUGCAUUACUCCACCGCAGAAGUGCCCGCAUGGACAAUGGGCCUGCCCAGGAAUCACCGAGCGCUGUGUUAACCUCACUUCGGUUUGUGACGACGUUGAAGACUGUCCCAACGGUGCUGACGAAGGCCUUGGAUGCGAUCUCGCUCAGUGCCUGCAUCAAACCGGUCUGUGUUCCAACGGCUGUCAGAAAACUCCACUGGGAGCGCUCUGCAUCUGUCCUCCUGGCGAAGAGCUCGCUCCGGACAACUUCACCUGCAAAGAUCUGAACGAGUGCGAUCCACCAGGUCUUUGCUCGCAGAUCUGUACCAACACCAAGGGCUCGUACUUCUGCUCCUGCACGGACGGUUACAUCCUGGAACCAAACAAACACACCUGUAAGGCCGUGAACCACUCUUCUGCCUUCCUGAUUAUUUCCAACCGCCACUCGAUCCUGGUUGCGGACUUGAAUGAACAAGGCCUGGAGCGGGUACCGAUUAUCGUGGAAAACGUAGUUGCCACCGCUUCCAACAUGCACACCGGAACCAUCUUCUGGAGCGACAUGAAACUCAAGAAGAUAUCCCGGUUAGAUCGCGGCCAGGAACCUCAGGAGAUCAUCUCCACCGGUCUGGAUCUGGUAGAAGGUCUCGCAUACGAUUGGAUCGGCCAAAACCUAUACUGGCUGGACAGCAAACUGAAUACGAUCGAAGUCUGCAGCGAAAAUGGUUCCAAUCGGUUGGUGCUGGUUCGGGAGAACAUCACCCAACCCCGUGGAAUGUGUCUGGACCCCAGCCCGAAUGCCAAGUUCCUGUUCUGGACCGACUGGGGUGAGAACCCUCGCAUCGAGCGUAUCGGUAUGGACGGAACGAUGCGUGAAACCAUCAUCAACACCAAAAUCUACUGGCCAAACGGGUUAACCCUGGAUAUUGCUACACAGCGAGUGUAUUUCGCCGACUCCAAGCUGGACUUUAUCGACUUCUGCUACUACAACGGAACCGGUCGUCAGCAAGUGCUAGCCGCAAGUCACUACCUGCUUCACGCGCACUCUCUGUCGCAGUUCGAGGAUACCCUAUACUGGACGGAUCGCCAGUUGAACCGUGUUCUGUCUGCCAACAAAUAUCGCGGAACAAACCAAACCGUAGUGAGUCAUCUGAUUUCGCAGCCCUUGUCCAUCCACGUUCAUCACCCGUCGCUUCAACCGCUAUACGAAAGCCCUUGCAAAACAUCCAACUGUCAGCACAUCUGUCUGCUCAGUCCUUCGGAGAAAUCCGGAUACUCUUGCAAGUGCAAACCGGGCUACAAGCUGAUCUCCGAUGGACGGUGCGUCGAGGAGGAGAACGCAUACCUUAUGGUCCUGAAGAACAACCAGAUCGUGGAUGUUCCAUUCAACGGCGGUGACAUCCGGGCCGGAAGCAUGAUUCCAGUCGUGGGUAUCGAAAGUGGAAUAAGCGUAGACUACGAUCGGAAGGGUGAGACGCUGUUCUGGGUCCAGGGCAAGGAAGAAGACGACGAGAACUGUACGAUCUAUACGAGUCCGUACGGAGGCGGUAACAAGACACAGUUCCUGGGAGCAGAUAACGGACUGGUCGGAGCAGCCUACACGAUCGCGUUCGAUUGGAUCGGUAGAAAUUUGUUCAUCGGAAAUCGCUUGGCGAGCAACAUCGAGGCGAUCAAGGUCGACGGAAAGGUCAAAUACAGGACGGUUGUACUGGUGAACGACGGCAAUAAGACUUCAGUUUCCAAACCGAAGCAAAUUGCACUGGAUCCAAGCAACGGAAAACUAUUUUGGAUCGACGAAGGCGGGUAUGGAGUACCGACGAAGGUAGCGAUGGCAAACAUGGACGGUUCGAACCCAUCGAUCUUGGAUGAUACGGUUCAGUUCCCGGAGGCAAUCACUCUGGACAUCGACAAGAAAAUAGUCUACUACAGUUCGCAACACCCACCGGCUGUGGUGUCGAUCGAGUACGACGGAAGCAACAAGAAGACGAUACUGAGCGAAGAAAACGCAAUAUCCAAACCGAGGGGACUUGGCGUUCUAGAAUCGAGGCUCUACUACAUGGAUCCAACGUACGAGAAGAUCGUCCGGGUAGACUUGCCCAACGGAGACAAUCCGAAAACGAUCAUGGACAACGAGCCCGAUCUGAAGAAUAUGAUCAUCUUCAAGAAGCGAUCGAUGAUUCAGCACCCAUGUAUGAUGAACAACGGCGGCUGCGAGCACAUCUGUAUUCCUAACGAUAACGGAGCUCGCGUUUGCGCUUGCGGAAUGGGCUACAAGAAGGACAAUGAAGUUUCCUGCAACCCGUACAAGACGUUCGCCGUAGUUUCACAACUGGACAUGACCCGAGGAUACAGCUUGAAGGACUCGUCGGAGGCUAUGGUUCCGAUUACUGGCCCAGGACAUCACAUUCUGCACGUGGACAUUCUGUACCGCGAAUCGUGGAUCUACUGGGUUGAGUACAAUCGUGGCCACUGGAACGGAAUCUUCCGUAUUCGCCCGAACGGCACCGAACUGCAGAACAUCAUCAAGGACGGUAUCGGUAGCAACGGAAUCCGGGGAAUCGCCAUCGAUUGGGUUGCCGGAAAUAUGUACUUCACGAACGUAUUCCCACAUGAGAACUACGUCGAGGUCAGUUGGCUGGACGGAACGCAUCGCAAGAUCAUCGUAAAGACUACCAACGACGCCCCGCGUGAGUUGGCAGUGAAUCCGAUCAAACGGCUUCUCUACUGGAUCGACUACGGUCAAUAUCCGAGAAUUGGCAAAUGUUACCUGGAUGGAUCCAACUGGACUCCGGUGGUCACCUCGGGAAUUUCCAACCCACGUGACCUUACGGUUGACAUGCUAACGCACGACGUCUACUGGGUCGAUUCGAAGCUGGACAUGAUCCAGAAGAUAUCCUACAACGGAGGAAACCGACAGGUCAUUCGUCGUAACCUGGCCAACCCCAUGGCGAUCGCUGUCCACCUCACGGACAUCUACUGGGUUGAUCGGAACUUGUUGACCGUUUUCAAGGCGACCAAAUUCCCCGGAAAUAACACACUUCCGGAGAAGGUGCGCACCAAUCUUCAGAAACUGCGCGACAUCACCAUCUACGAUAUAAACAAUCAACCCCCGGACGACAACAAUCCUUGUCUCCGAUUUGGAAAUGGCGGCUGCGAUCAGCUGUGUUUCAGCUUCCCACCGGAAUACAACCAGAAGCCGAAUUUCAAGUGUGACUGCUCCAUCGGACGCCUGUCAACGGAUGGCCGUCGUUGCGAGUUAGCCGACGAAUACGUAGUGUUCUCCACUCGAACCGAAAUCCGAGCUAUCGAGCUGGACCCGACCUCCACCAACGUGCCUUUCGCUCCGGUCGUCAAUCUGACCAACGUCGUUGGACUGGACUUUGACUACGCCGACAACAAACUGUUCUUCACUCAGAUCCGCCCAUGGGCCAAGAUUGCCUACACCAAGGGAGACAAACCGGACACAACCAGUAUAAAGUCGGUCAUCUCCCGCGGCAUCAAUCCGGAGGGAAUCGCCUACGAUUGGACGCAGAAGAAGAUCUACUGGACAGAUAGCUCGAACAAUUCGAUCUACGCGAUGAAUUUGGACGGCUCAGAUUUGGUGAUGAUCACCCGGGUUGAACGACCGCGAGCGAUAGUGCUGGAUCCAUGCAACGGUACGCUGUACUACACGGAUUGGGGACGCUUCGGAACGUCGGGUAAGAUCUUCCGGACGACGAUGGCUGGUUCGCUGAAGCGAGCGAUCAUCGACAAGGAUCUGUCCCAACCGAGUGGAUUGGCGAUCGAUUACGACGAAAGGAUGCUGUACUGGACCGAUGCGGUGCGAGAGAAGAUCGAGCGAUCGAAACUGGACGGCAAGGAUAGGGAAGUAUUGAUAUCGGCUACAAUCUAUCCGUUUGCGAUUACGGUGUUCCGGAACUAUAUCUACUGGACGGAUCUUCAGCUGCGAGGAGUUUAUCGAGCGGAGAAGCAUACGGGAGCUAAUAUGGUUGAGAUGGUGAAGAGGUUGGAGGAUUCUCCGCGAGAUAUCCACAUCUACAGCCACAGCCGGCAGCAAUGUCAAGCAAACCCGUGUCUGCAGAACAAUGGUGGCUGUGCGCAGAGUUGUCACCCGGGCUUAAACGGCAAGCCAGAGUGCAAAUGUGACGAUACGAAGAAACCGGUUAACGAAGGAAGGAUGUGCGCUCCGAAGAACCACACGUGCGAUUCGAGCAAGUUCUACUGUCAAAACGGGAAGUGUAUCUCCAGGAUGUGGUCUUGCGAUGGAGAUGACGAUUGCGGAGAUAACUCCGAUGAAGAUGAGAAUUACUGUGCGUUCCAUUCGUGCGGACCGAACGAGUUCCGGUGCAACAAUGGACGGUGUAUCUUCAAGUCGUGGAAGUGUGAUCACGAGAACGAUUGCAAGGAUGGAUCAGAUGAGGAAAAUUGUUCGUACCCACCGUGUGUGGAUGGAGAGUUUACCUGUUUGAACGGAAGGUGUAUUCCGCAGAGUCAGGUGUGCAACGGAGUCAACGAUUGCAAGGACAAUGCCACGUCGGACGAAACACACGAACGGUGUCCGAAGAAUACGACCUGCCCACCGAAUCACCUCAAGUGCGACAAGACCAACAUCUGCGUGGAGCCUUAUUGGCUGUGCGACGGAGAUAACGACUGCGGUGACAAUUCGGAUGAAGAUCCGCUGCACUGCGCACAGAGAACGUGUCCACAGAACAGCUUCCGAUGCCCGAACCAUCGGUGCAUUCCGGCUACGUGGUACUGCGAUGGAGACGAUGACUGCGGAGAUGGAGCUGAUGAGCCACCGGAGUACUGCAAAUCGGAAGGCCGAACGUGCUUCGGCGAUCUGUUUACGUGCGACAACGGAAACUGUAUUCCUCGGAUCUACAUCUGCGAUGGCGAUAAUGAUUGCUUGGAUAACAGCGAUGAGGACAACCGGCACCAGUGCAACGAUCGGAAAUGUGACGAGGAGACUGAAUUCACAUGCCAGGAGAACAAGGCUUGGGCGAGGGCGCAGUGCAUUCCGAAGAAGUGGAUCUGUGAUGGCGAUCCGGACUGUGUGGAUGGUGCGGACGAGAAUACGACACUGCACAACUGCCCGACGCCACAACCGUGUAGCGAUGAUCAGUUUGCGUGUGCCAAUGGAAGGUGUAUCAAUCAGGGCUGGGUGUGCGAUCACGACAACGACUGUGGAGACGGUUCGGACGAAGGCAAGACUUGCAACAGCCAGUACAAGACCUGUUCGACACAGGAAUUCACCUGCCAGAACUUCAAGUGUAUUCGGAACCAGUAUCGCUGCGAUGGGGAAGACGACUGCGGAGAUCACUCGGACGAGGUUGACUGCAAGAAGGAUAACAACACCUGUCCGCAGGGCAAGUUCACCUGCACGAAUGGGCAGUGUAUUGAUAGCCAUCUGGUUUGCAAUAAGGUUCCGGACUGUUCGGAUGAGUCGGACGAGCCGCUGCACUGCAACGUGGACGAAUGUGCCAAGGUGGAGAUUCACCGGUGCGGUCACAAGUGCGUGGAUACUCCGACUGGGUACUUCUGCGAUUGUAAUGCUGGAUACAAACUCUUGGAGGACGGUAAGGCCUGUGCGGACAUCGACGAGUGUAUCGAAACGCCGGGAGUCUGUUCACAGCACUGCUCCAACACUCCAGGAUCGUUCUACUGCAAGUGCGAUGAUCGUUACUACGAACGUCAAAACGACGAACAUACUUGCAAACGUAAGGACUCGACGAAACCGUGGUUGAUCUUCAGCAAUAAGUACUACGUGCGCAACAUGUCCAUCGAUGGUCACCAGUACAAUCUGAUCCACCAGGAUCUGAUGAACGUGGUGGCGAUCGACUUCGAUAUGAAGGAGGAGGAGAUGUACUUCUGCGAUGUGACGGCCAAGACGAUCUUCAAGUCCAAAUUUGGCUCCAUCCAGGAUGACGUGAAGAUCGAGAAGGUUCCGGUUAUCAAGCACGACUCGCAUGGUUUGGAAGGAAUAGCCGUGGAUUGGGUCGGUCGCAAGCUCUACUGGUUGGAUAGGCAUUCUAAGAAUUUAGACGUUGCCGAACUGGACGGAACGAAGCGAAAGACGCUGAGGAGCGGAGUUGUCGAUCCUCGAGCGAUUGCCGUUCAUCCAGGAAUCGGUUACCUGUAUUUCACCUCCUGGCACCUGCAGGCCUACAUCGCCAAGAUGGGUAUGGAUGGAUCGAACUUCACCCGAAUUCUAACCUGGGAGCAGGAUAUUGCUUGGCCAAACGCUCUGACCAUCGAUUACUUCACCGAUCGCAUCUACUGGGCCGACGCCCACUUGGACUACAUUGCCUUCUCCGAUCUGGAAGGUCACCACCGACAUGUGGUCCUCUCAGGAAGCAAGGCCCCACACGUCUUCGCUUUGUCAAUCUUUGAUGACCAUCUCUACUGGACGGAUUGGAAUCUGAAGGCAAUUAUCCGGGCGAACAAGUUCACCGGACAGAACUUCACCGUUAUCAGGAACACCACGCACCGACCUUACGACGUACAUAUUAGUCAUCCGCUGCGGCAGUUGCCGUACAACAAUCCUUGCGGAGCGACCAACGGAGGCUGUACCCAUCUAUGUCUGUUGGCUCCGCCACUGGAAUCUACCUACUUGAAUGUCGAAGGCUACAUCGAAGAGGGAGCUCCGAGCUACAAGUGCGCCUGUCCGAACCAAUUCUACCUGGCUCGGGAUUCGAAGACCUGUAUCGCCAACUGCACCACCGGUCAGCAUCGCUGCGGCGGCACGGACGAGAAAUGUAUUCCAUGGUUCUGGAAGUGCGACGGCGAACCGGAUUGUAAGGACAAAUCGGACGAGCCGGAAACGUGCCCGGCACGGCAUUGCCGAGCGGGAACCUUCCAGUGCAGCAACGGCAACUGUACCCCUUCGACGACGAUCUGCGACGGUACGGACGAUUGCGGAGACGGAAGCGACGAGCAGAACUGCGACCUGCCUUGCCCGGUGUCGGACUUCAAGUGCAAAUCAAGUGGAAGAUGCAUCCUCGAUAGCUGGAAGUGCGACGGCGAUGCGGACUGCAAGGAUGGCAGCGAUGAAGAUCCAGAAAUUUGUCACAAACGCACGUGCGACCCGGAGACGGAGUUCAGCUGCAAGAACGGCCGCUGUAUUCCGAAGCUGUGGAUGUGUGACUUCGAUAACGAUUGCGGAGACGAUUCGGACGAACCGGCUUACAUGUGUCGCCAGAGAAACUGCACCACGGGAUGGUCCCGCUGUCCAGGUCAGUCCAACUACCGGUGCAUUCCGAAGUGGUUGUUCUGCGAUGGUAAGGACGAUUGCCGCGACAACAGCGACGAACUGCCGGAGAACUGCCCCAAGUGCAACACGGAGACGGACUUCAAGUGCAACAACAACCGGUGCAUUCCGAAACAAUGGAUGUGUGACUUUGCCGACGACUGCGGCGACGGUAGCGACGAGUCGGACGCUCAGUGCAAGGGUAAAUACCGCGAGUGUUCCGAGUCGGAGUUCCGCUGCGGCAACGGUAAGUGCAUUUCCAGCCGGUGGCGUUGCGAUCACGAAGACGACUGCGGGGACAAUAGCGACGAGUUCAACUGCGAAGGCUUCCAGUGCAAGAACGGAACGUUCCAGUGUACCUCUGGGCACUGUAUUGCUUCGUACUUCCGGUGCGAUGGUGAUCGCGAUUGUCGGGAUAUGUCCGAUGAGAUCGGUUGCCCGCCGAGGUUCCCUGGAGGACGGUACUGUCCGGAAUCGAGGUUCCAGUGUGCAAACAAUCUGUGCGUCUCGCCGUCGGAUCUGUGCGACGGUACGGACGAUUGCGGAGACAACUCGGACGAAGCUGCUUCCGUGUGUACGAACUUCAACUGCGACACGCUGCGGAGGUUCCAGUGCACUAACCAUAGGUGCGUGGCACGGUACCAGAUUUGCGAUGGAGUUGACAAUUGUGGAGACGGUUCGGACGAGAACAAUAUGACACUUUGUGCGACUCGGCAGAAGCCUUGCGACCUGUACACACAAUAUCAGUGUGCGAACAAGAAGUGCAUCGAUCGGGCCCAGAUUUGCGACUUCGCAGAUGACUGCGGUGAUAGUUCGGACGAACUGGGAUGCCAUCACACGAGUACGUGUUUGGCGUUGACGAAGGGAGGUUGCGAACAUCACUGCCAUAAUCUGACGGACGGAGGCUUCAUCUGCGCGUGCUACCCAGGGUUCAUCAUAGAUGCGGAGAACAAGAAGCACUGCUUAGACAUAGACGAGUGUGCAACGGGAACGCACAAGUGUUCGCAGAUCUGUACCAACCUGAAUGGAACCUACGCUUGCUCGUGUCGGGAUGGCUUCCGCCUGGCGGAUGCCGUUUCUGGGGUAUGCAAGGCACUGAAGGACGAUGUCACGAUUGUGUUCAGUAGUGGUCCGGAGAUUCGGGCGUACGAUCUGAAGAUCAACGAUCAGUUCGAUGUGAUUGGAGGCGAGAAGAGGAUCGAAGCGUUGGAUUACAAUCCAUUGACGCAGAUGAUCUUCUGGGCCGAUAGCUACGACAAGACGAUCAAGCGAAGCUACAUGGUGAAUGCGAAGAAUGGGGAAGUCAAGAUCGGUUUCGCUCAGGACUUGAACAUGAAGGGUAACUCAAAACCAACGGCACUGGCCGUGGAUUGGAUUGCGGAUAAUCUGUACUGGGCCGAAACGGACCGUACGGGAUCGAAGCCGAGAGGUAGGAUUAUGGUAGCCAAGACAGACGGACGGUAUCGCAGAGCGUUGGCGAACGCUGGACUCGAGUUGCCGACUUCGAUUGCCGUGGAUCCACAGCUUGGACGUUUGUUCUGGGCCGAUGCUGGAUCGGCACCAAAGAUCGAAGUUUCCUGGAUGGACGGUUCGAAGAGACGGCCGUUGAUCACGGAUGCCAUUCGCCAUCCGGCUGGAUUGACCAUCGACUACUCGCAGGACCAUAUGGUCUACUGGGUGGAUACCAAGCUGAACACGAUCGAGGUCAUGAAACCGGACGGAUCGAUGCGUCGAGCGAUCUUGAAGGGUGAGAUGCUGAAGCAUCCGGUGUCGCUGGAUGUAUUUGAAUCGUUCCUGUAUUGGAUUACCCGGGAUACUGGAGAGCUGCUACGACAGGACAAGUUUGGCCGGGGAGUGCAAGUAGCGAUACAGAGAAGCCUUGCCAAUCCGUCUAGUUUGAAGGUCUACCAUGACCUUCGGUACAACACCUCGCUGAAUAAUCCGUGCUUCAAGAACGUUUGCACCCAUCUGUGCUUGUUGGUCCCCGGUGGAAGACGUUGUGCCUGUCCGGACAAUACCGUCCAGCAAACGUCCCAUCGUAGCACGGCGGAAGUGGUUUGUGAUGCACCUUCCGAGCACACGAGACCUCUGCCACAGAUCUGUCCCUGCCAGAAUGGAGGGCAAUGCCAGGAGGACGACAGCGGCAAUGGGUUGAUCUGCGUCUGUCUACCGGAGUUCAGUGGACUGCACUGCGAUAUAUACAGUGAACGAAUGUUCGGAUCGAGCCCCGGAAGUGCCGCUGCGAUCUACAUCCCCAUUUUGGUGGCCAUUCUGAUAGCGGCCACCGUAGGGUUGUACUUUAUCAUCAAGAAGAGGCCCUUCGGCAAACCCAGCCUGACGUCUUCGCAAAGCGUAUCGUUCCGACCGGGCACGAACGUCGAGUUCAACUCGCCCGAUUUCCCAUCGAAUCGACCGGCGACCGGUGUGAUACCGGCCGGCAGUGGCGUAGCUCCACUCGAUGGCUACAGCAUGGACACGCUGAGCAACAAGAACACGGACUUCAGCAACCCGAUGUACGAUGCUGUACAGUUCGGAACGACAGAUCCCAGCAUCAGCAAUGGGUCAGGUAGGUUUCUAACAUCCAAAUUUCGAUCAGAAAUUAUGAAAUUCACCGUCUUGAUCCCAUUUCUAGGCAUCUACGAGGUUCCCAUGGAACCCAAGGGUAGCAAACCUGCGAUCGGUCCGUUCACGGAACCGGUUUCGGCCAUCCUAGCGCCGAGUAGCAUAACGCACCGUACGUCACCGCAGCUGAAUCUGCGCCCCAAGGAGUUGAGUCCUUCGUUCCAUGACACCGGCAAGGACACCCAACUGCUGGUGGAAGAAGAGGACAAAUCCGAGUGCUGAUAGAGCAUCAAUAUCCCAAUCGAAAACGGAAACAUACACAAACCACACUCACACAUGCAUAAGUGUAAGUGAGAACCAAUCGUACACACACACACGCGCCAAGCAAGCUCGCACUCACACCACGCGCGCACUGAACACUGAAAGAAAAGCGCAAGUCCAAAGUGUGCAGUAAUAUUUAUGACUUUUUUUUUAUUGAAUUUUAAACUUUGUUGAUUGGAGCCAAGCUCAUGUGGAAGAGUGCGAAGUGGCGCAAAACAAAAGGGCAAACACCUUUUACGAACAUUCCCAUAUGGUUGAAAAAUUGUCUUAUACAUAUUUAUGCAUAGCAACAAACAAACAAAAACACACAGACACACACACACACA